AUGGAACAAUACUGCACACGCAAAGCCGGUGAUCACAUUAUCCGCGUAUCCGCUGACGGAACUGUCCAAUGUGAAGCUGGGUUUGAGUACAGUCAUCCUCAGCCAGUGUGUCAGGGAACCAGCCAGGUUCAACCGUGUACUCGCAUCUGCAAGCGCAGCGGUGGUGAUGACCGCAUUGCCAACAUAUCCGCUGACUGGCGUGUCACGUGUGUGGCCGGGUAUGAGUACACCCAUCCUCAACCAGUGUGCCACGGAACGGGCUUGGUCGGGGUGUGCACCCGCAUCUGCACACACACGACUGAUGAUCACAUUCAUAACAUUACGGUUGACGGAAACGUCACCUGCCAACCGGGCUAUGAGUACAAACAUCCUCAGCCAGCAUGCCAGAUAACGACUCGGGCCCUAUCGUGCACUCCCCGUUUGGUCCAAUAUCAAUACUGUGCGAAGACUAAUGCGGUUGUCCGACGAACAUUUGACAACCAGUACUUGAACCACCCGAAUGCCGUGACGCUUUGCCACAACGCAAAUGCCAGUAUCCUUAGCAGUAGUGCUUUCGAUGCGGGGUGUGCAUCAAAUGUAACUGGCCAAUGGUACAUUGGCUGGGUCGACAAACAGGCCACUAAUGGUUCCGUAUCUGAUACCAAUGGAAAUAGGCGUACCCCAUCCGAUGAAAUUUAUGCCAUGUGCGAAAUCACCUGCAAGCGCAUGGCGCAGGAUCACAUUCUCAGCAUAUCAGCUACGGGACAUGUCACUUGUGAACAAGGUUAUCAGUACCUUCAUCCGCAACCAGUGUGCAAUGGAACGAAUCAGGUUCAAGCGUGUACUCCACACGGAUUGUAAGAAUAUUUUAAAUGAAUUCUUUCCGUGACCAAGGUAUGACGGCACUCCAGUAAUACGCUUACGGCAAGACUUGUCCGAGGAUACUUGCCACAUGAGAGUGUGUAUGCGUCUGUGUGUAUGUCUGUGUGUGUGUGUUUUUUUUUGUGUACGCACGUGCGCGCACAUGCACGCUAGUCAUCACUUACAAGGCCGGUGCAAACUCGCACUGACUUGACGAUCUGCCGAUGGUGUUCACUGUUUUGCCCCAUCCUCAUUUCCGUUUGGUAUUUACAAUAAAAAUAGAAUUAUUCUAACUUCAUUUCCCCCUCCCCCACCGCCGCCUUCAGCAUACUGCAGGAUUGUAAUAGUGGCGUAACCAUGAUGAUUCUGCAUUUUGUCUUUCAUAACUCCCGCUAGAGUUCGAAGGUGAGGCCUUCAGAAAACUCAUGGAAUAGUGUUACUUCCCGCCCGUGGAUUAUGCAUGCAUAUUUUUGCUUUUCCAGCCGCCAUACUUGAGUUAUUUACAAUGUUUUCCCAGCCGCAGUUUGGUAUUGUUGCG